AUGACUAAAGCCUCUAUUUUUGCUUUCUUCAUGAUCAUCUUCGUUUUAGGAAUAUCAAUUCAAGAAACUCAAGGACAGCAAGUGUGUCACGAUCUUGCAAUAAAAUCGAACUGUAAUGAUAGCGCAUGUACCAAUUUAUGUAAGCUGAAAUGGAAUGGAAGCGGCUCGUGCUUUCAAAACCAACAAGUUUUCAGUUGUUUAUGCAAUUUUCCUUGCAAAAUUUAA